CCAAGACUACAAGUCCUAUAAUGCCGCGGGGCAAUCGGUUGGCCGUUCCUUUUGAAUGAUUUCACUGCGGUUUCCAUUCCCAGGGAGUUUCGCAGCCGCAGCCAGAGACGGGGGCAGGAAUCAUGGUGUAAGCGCCGGGCGACCGAAGAGCCAAGGAGCCCGCCCGGUUAAUGGCACGCCGGGCGAGUGGCGCUGGGGAGGGGAGGACCAUGGUGGCCGGGGGACUCGCGGGGUUCUGAGGGCUGCCCAAGGGGCGGAGGGUGCUGCGGGGUCCAUCCUUCGGCUUGCUUUCUCUGCCGCAUUUCCUUCCUUUUGCCGGUCUGGAAACCCCCCCCCCCUCGCCGCCUCUGCCUGCCGCAAAGAUGUCUCUAGCCUUGGAAGAGGAAGAAUACGGCAAGCUGGUGAUGGAGUCGGAACCCGAGUGGCUGCGCGCCGAGAUCAAGCGGCUCUUCCAGGAGCUGGGCGAAACCACCCGGGAGAAGAUCCAGGCUGCGGAGUAUGGGCUGGUCGUGCUGGAGGAGAAGCAGCAGCUCAAGCAGCAGUACGAGGAGCUGGAGCUGGAGUACGAAACCAUCCGCACCGAGAUGGAGCAGCUGAAAGAGGCUUUUGGUCAGGCUCAUACCAACCACAAGAAAGUAGCAGCAGAUGGAGAGAGCAGAGAGGAGACUUUGAUUCAGGAAUCUGCCACAAAAGAAGAAUACUACAUGAAAAAGGUUAUGGAACUGCAGACAGAACUCAAACAGCUGAGGAAUGUCCUUGCAAACACCCAGUCUGAAAAUGAACGCCUAAAUUCCGUUGCCCAGGAACUGAGAGAGAUAAAUCAGAAUGUGGAGAUCCAGAGAGGUCGCUUACGAGAUGACAUCAAAGAGUAUAAAUUCCGAGAAGCUCGCUUGCUGCAAGAUUACACUGAACUUGAGGAAGAGAACAUCUGCCUUCAGAAACAAGUGUCUAUUCUGAAACAGAAUCAGGUGGAAUUUGAAGGGCUGAAGCAUGAAAUCAAAAGACUAGAAGAGGUUACAGAAUUCCUCAACAGUCAGUUAGAAGAUGCCAUCAGGUUGAAAGAGAUAUCUGAACGCCAGCUUGAAGAGGCCUUGGAAACGCUGAAGACAGAACGUGAACAGAAGAAUAACCUUCGGAAAGAGCUAUCUCAUUAUAUGAAUAUCAAUGACUCCAUGUAUACCAGCCAUUUCAACAUCUCUCUGGAUGGACUGAAGUUUAGCGAUGAAACCACUGAGCCCAAUAAUGACGAGAUUGUGAACGGCUUUGAACCAAAUUGCCUGAGUAAAAUCAACAAUGGCAAUAAUAAAGUAUCAACACCCAAAAAAACCGAUAGCUUCCCUCCAGCCCCUAGUUUGGUGAAUGAUCUUCUGAGUGAGCUAAAUAUAUCUGAAAUCCAAAAGCUGAAACAACAACUGAUGCAAAUGGAAAGGGAAAAAAUGAAUUUGUUGUCUACACUCCAAGAAUCACAGAAACAACUGGAGAACACCCGGGGUGCACUUUCUGAGCAGCAUGAGAAAGUUGGCAGGCUCACAGAGAACCUGAACGCCAUGAAAAAACUUCAAGUCAGCAAGGAACGUCAGUCUGCUCUUGACAAUGAAAAGGACCGAGAUAGCCAUGAAGAUGGAGACUAUUAUGAAGUUGACAUCAAUGGCCCAGAGAUCCUGGAGUGCAAGUAUAAAGUAGCUAUGGCAGAGAUUAGUGACUUGAAAGAGGAACUUAAAGCUCUCAAGGCUAAAUAUGAAGAGUGUGAAUCCAAGUAUGAAGAGGAUAAGAGCAGGUAUGAGACAGAAACCCAGGCCCUGACAGAAAAGAUCAGUUCCUUGGACAAAUCUAGCAGGCAAGAUAGGGAGCAGGUCAUCAGAUUGGAGAAGGAGCUCAGGAAAGUCAGUGAUGUUGCUGGGGAAACACAGGGCAGCCUUAGCGUAGCCCAAGAUGAACUGGUCACCUUCAGUGAGGAACUAGCCAACUUGUAUCACCAUGUAUGUAUGUGCAACAAUGAAACCCCCAACAGAGUGAUGCUAGAUUACUACAAGCAAGGCAAAGGAGGACGCACCAGUCCAGAGGGCAAGGGCCAUAGAUCACCAGUCCUGCUCUCCAAAGGUUUACUGUCAAUAGACUUAGGAAGAUCAGAGAACGGGAGUGGUGAAAGCAGUCCUUCGCCAGUUUCAUCCCUCCCUUCACCAGUAUCUGAUCUCCGGAAGGAGCCUAUGAACAUUUACAACCUGAUCGCCAUAAUCCGUGAUCAGAUCAAGCACUUGCAGGCAGCCGUAGAUAGAACAACUGAGCUGUCGCGGCAGCGGGUGACCACACAGGAACUUGGGCCAGUAGUGGACAAAGAUAAGGAGGUGCUUAUGGAAGAAAUUCUUAAGCUGAAGUCUCUGCUAAGCACCAAGAGAGAACAGAUUGCAACACUGAGGACUGUGCUAAAGGCCAACAAACAGACGGCAGAAGUUGCCCUUGCAAAUUUAAAAAGCAAGUAUGAAAAUGAAAAGGCGAUGGUUACAGAGACAAUGAUGAAGCUGCGUAAUGAACUGAAAGCUUUAAAAGAAGAUGCUGCUACCUUCUCUUCUCUGAGGGCCAUGUUUGCUACCAGGUGUGAUGAAUAUGUCACUCAGCUGGAUGAAAUGCAACGCCAGCUUGCUGCAGCUGAAGAUGAAAAGAAAACCCUCAACUCCUUGCUUCGCAUGGCUAUUCAGCAAAAGCUGGCUCUGACCCAGCGCCUUGAACAUCUUGAGUUGGAUCACGAGUCGAAAAGGGUGCGCACAAAAUCCGCAUCCAAAGCCAAGAGUAGUAACCCCAGUCUGUAGAGUAGUUCCUGGAGAAGGCCAUUGCAACAAUACAACUUCAUGUGUUAGCCUGUGUCGUUAUGCUUAGAAGUGAUGGUUGCCUGUUGCACAAAGAAUGGAAAUCACUCUUAAUGAAUCCUCCCCCCAUCUAAACUAUGUUCUUUUCAAUAUGCAACCUAUGUUCUUAUUUAGUCUUUUUUAUUCCUUUUUGGCAUGUUACAUCUGGAAAAAAACAAAGCUUUAUCUUUUAAGUGCUGCUGCAGGAAGAAAACUUACAAAUACUGAAGAAGCGUACUUCAUAAUGUAAUAACUGCCGUGGUAGCUUAUUAUGGCUUAUAAGAAAUAUUCAAAUUGGUUUUUUUUUAAUUUCAUUAUAGAGCUUUCUUUUUUUUUUUUAAAAAAAAAAGUUGAUUGUUUAAACAUGUGCACUUUUACUAUUUUGAUAUUUACUUUAUUAUCUUUUUAUUCUUUUUUUGUAGAAGAGUUUAUAUUAAGGGGGGGGGAAAUCCAGUGACUUAUGCUAAUAAUCUAUUUGGAGCUUUUGCUUGAUCUUUUCCCAUCCAUUUGUGGCAGAGUUUUAUACUAUAUUGUUCUGUUCUACCCUGUGUUUAGAAAGGAGCUUCAACACAAAUGAGGACUUCUGCUAAACUGUGUGCUGUGUAUCAGCAUCUUUUUUUCUUAACUAUAAAAUACUAAGCUUUAUAUGUUUUUAAUUACUGAUUUUUAACUGUCAUGUUAAUUGAGAAAUCCAGGGUAUUCAAAUUCUGGGGUUUUUUCAUAUUGUAUUAUUAUUCUUAGGAAUAGUUCAAUGUAACAAGAAGAAACUUGACUUUGCUCUGGUGAAAACAGUUAUAGGCACUUGAAAAUAAAUAUUAGUGUUACCUAUAAAUUCCAGAAUGUCUGGGUUUUAGGAAAAUCUUAUGGUGUAUGAUUGGUUAACAGAAUUUUAUACAACUGUAUCACUUAAAUUCCAAAUUGGAAUUGUUUUUGUUACUACUUUGUUUUAUUGUGCCAAAUUGUGUUACAUUUUAGAAAGAUAAAGUCUAAAGUGGUGACCACUAGGGAGUUCUAUUUCAGCGCCUUUUUUUAAUUUAAUUAUUGCCAGUAGUGCCUUUCAUAAUUUUCAAGGGAGAUUCCUAAGCUAGCUUAGUCCGUCCAAGAAAUAAAGAACCAUGGUUUUGAAAGCUAGUUACCAAGUGGAGCAAUAAGGGCAAUGUAACCUCCCCUUCGCACAUUUUUUAAUGGGUGGACUACUGUAGAGUAGAUCUACUAUAUAUAUGCGCAAAUUGUGAAAAAUUCUGUUACUCAAUGAUACUUCAUCAAAUUCAGGGGUAUAGAAGAAAAAAAUGGUAAAAUACAAAUAUACUUUGCAAACCAAAAGUGAUAUUAUGGAACAAAAGAAGCAAAGUGUAUUAAUCCAUUUGUGGUUGUAGUACAGAGGAUGUUUUGGGAGUUCUGAUAGCUUUGUGUGGUGAUGGACCCAGUUAACCAUAGUAUUGUUUGCAAAUGUAAAGAAGAAAAGCAAGACAUUUAAUAUUUUUUCUCUUGCAUGUUUUAUCUAAUCCAUUGUGAUUUCAGGAAACAGAAACUGAGAUGUGCAUCAACAAGUUGUCCCUGCGGUGCUAUUUGUUGAGGCUAACUUUGAAUAAUUAAAUUUGGUACUUUCGCAAGGAGAAGAAAUAAAUUUUCUCUUCAUAUAAAAUAAUUUUAAAAGGAUAGAAAUCAGAAUAAUCAUGUCAUGGGGAAAAGCUUUCUGUUUGCUGAAAAAUUUUUUCUAGAAGGUGGGGACUUACGUUUUCAUCUUUUGGUUACAGUAUUGACUUAUAAGUGGUAUGAUUACAUUUAAAAUUACAUCUCUAUGUGGGUAUUUAUUUGAAUGUCAAAGUACUGUAUUAUGUUUUUAUGUGCAUUUCCUUUUAGUGGUGGAUUGGUCUCCAUUUUAUUGUCAUAUGCAUGAACUCUUGCCAAGUAACCUUUACACAGACCUGGAGCAAAGAACUUAAUGUAAAUGCUUAAGAGAAAAAUGUGGAAACUAAGUAAGGAACAACUCUGGUGUCAUUUUGAUAAUUAUAGGAGGUGUAGAGGGCAAUGUUAAUUCCAAAAAAGAAUGCAUGUUGUGUAGGAAAGCAAUUUAUCUGCGUAAAGGUAGUCACAUUGGCAGUAUCAAUAAAGGAGAAGGAAGAAA